AUAGCCUUUCAUUUUAUCCAACACUUACGUCCACUCAGGAGAAACGUCAUAGUUUUAUCGCCGAAGUGAAACGGGGGCCACAUUCCAUUUAUGCGGCUAAGAGAGGAAACACUUAUCUUAAAAUGAUAGGCUAUCUAAAGGACAUCCAGCAGCUGGGAACACAUCUUGGAAAAUCCUCGCUUUAUCUCUGCGCACAGGACCCCAAACGUUGACUAUGAAAGCCAAUGGCUGUCAUCGUACAUAACGCAAGGGAAACGAAUUUGUCAGGUUCAGCAAAAAUCAUUUCUUGUUUUGAGGUUUUUGUAACUGACUAUAAUAGAGCAAUUUGGUAGCAAAUAAUUUGCCUUCAGUGUAACUUUUUUAUUCCACAGAUUUCCACAUAUUUUGUGGAAUCGUGUUUGAUUAUUAAAAAAUGUUGUUUAUUAAAAAAAUUCUCUCUCGGUUGCUCAGCCACCAUUAAAAACCACCGUUGAUAACCAAGGAACACCCCAAACCUGUGAAAAUGGGCUAUAUAAGCGUUUUGACAGCUUAUUAUAAUGAUGUGUGAACUUUCUCACCUUUAAUUCAGCCUUUGGUAAAUAAAUGGAAAACAGACAUCAGAUCAGUGCAAUGGCACGAGCUGAUAAAAGAACGCUUGUUCUCUGCUCAACACAAUGUCACUAUUAUGUCUUCUCUCUUGUUCUGAAGUCAGAAGGCAGUAAACAGUCGAACAAACUCUCGUAGUUAUAAAAUCACAGCAGUUUGUAAUGUGUGUUGUGCACUAUGCUGUCUCCAUGGAGCUCUAGUUGGUCCUGGUGUUUCCUCUCUCUCGUCCUAGCCGUCAACACACACUAUGGUUCGUCUGCUCCAGAUUUCUCUGAUUACCUCCAUAAGAUCCUGAAGAACCACACAGCCCAUGCUUGUGAUGGAGAAACGCUGUCUAUCACAUGUCCUGCUAGAACAUCAGUGGCCGUCCUCUCUGCAUUUUAUGGACGCCGUGUUCCCAGUCAGUAUCUAUGUCCACACUCAAAUCCAAACAUGACGAUGGAAAGUACUGACUGUAUAUCAACCACAGCCAUUCUGAAGGUGAUAUCUGAGUGCCAGGACCAAAGGGAGUGUCAGAUUCCUGUGGUAAGCCCUGUGUUUGGUGAAGACCCCUGCCCUGAAACCACCAAGUACAUCAUUGUGUCCUACAAGUGCAAACCAGAGCACCAUCGUUCGAGAACAGUGUGUGAAAAUGAGAGACUGAAGCUGACCUGUAAGAACAACACGGUUCUGGCCAUUUAUUCAGCCACGUUUGGACACCUGGAGCAUGAAAGCCUUGAGUGCCCUCAAGAGGCCAUCACAAAGCCUGACAUAGAGUGCUUGUCCCCAUCAGCAUUGAGAAGGGUAUCAAGGAAGUGUCAUGGCAGGACAAACUGCUCUGUGAUCGCUGAUGCUCAGAGUUUUGGAGACCCUUGCUUCCCCGGCACUAGAAAGCACCUGCGAGUCUCCUUCACAUGUGUACCAAGGUAUUUACUCGAAGAUGUUGGACGUGGAAACAUGGAUCCUUUCUUGCUCUCUGACUAUACACAUGGAGGGUGGUACACUGGUCCCGUUGUGUCCAGGCCACAAAACAUUUUCACCAACUCUCUGGAAAUCUUUUCUCAUAUUCAGGGUCUCCCAGAGACAGUGGCUCUAUACUUUGUCUCUGGUAUAUGUGCUGGUUUGCUGUUUUUGAUGUGUUUGUUUGGAGUCAAAUCCACGCUGGUGAGGGAUCUGAAGGAUCUGGUUUCUGAGAUAGGAGAUGAGCUCAAGGCCUCCCAAAGGUCAAGAGGAGGGCUAGAUGAUUAUGACGAUGAUGAAGCUUCCUUGCGGUCCUCCUUUCGCCACCUAACAAGUUCUUACAGAACAGCAAACAUGUUCAAUCCAGAGAUGGUUAUGACAGUGGUAAUGGAGGACAAAAGGGAAGAGGACAAACCGGAGAUUACAAAUGGAGACAUCUGGCCUCACAUCAUCUCCAGCCCUUAUGCCAUGCACAAAAUCAAAACCUCCUUAUCUUGAAAUUGUUAUUUUGAUCUUGUUUAAUGCUUGUCUAAAAAUAGCAUUCUGCUUUCAUUAAUAAAACAAACACUAAUAGCCUAUACUGUUUAACAUGAGUGAAACCUAUCAAGGCAAAUCUAUUAUUACAGAUAACUUAAAUAUGUUAUUUAAUUUCCCUGAUCUUAAAUGUGAACUGUGACAUCAAUAUCAACCUGCUUGUGAUAACAUGACACGUUUUGUGAAGAGAAUGUAUGUAUAGGCUACUGUACGUUUACAUAUUUAGGAGUAAUAAAGACUGUGGUUUAUUCAUGGA